AUGCUUCUUUCAGGGAGUGUUUGUCAACAUGGAUUAGGAUUAUCAUAUGUGGAGCCACUGGUAAGCUCCAUUGAAUUCUCACUCAGUUUGGCACAAAGUUCUGAAGGGUGCGUCAAUUUGGGAGAAAACCGUCUCCAAGCUGAACGGCCUGCGACAGUUACAGCGGCUGAAUGGUUUGUGAAACCAUCUCCGUGCUUCGAUCAUCCACAAAUGGGCCAAGGAUGCCAUCACCUGCCAAUGCUUAAUCUUGUACUGCUGAGCUUGAUUUGGGGGUCUUCGAAUCUAGAAUGCCUUGCAUCACUCCAGGAGCGGGCUACAGCGGCUACAGGUUUACGGUUCUACCCUGUAUCCAACCCAGGUGCUUGUAGAGAACCCAGGUGCUCAGUAGUCUUUGUCUGUCCACUUCUACUUCGAGGCGCACAUCGGCACGGGGGUUAUGGAGACACACCCCACACUUCCCUCAGUGCCACGUCGGACCCACGGACGGCGAGGUUCAUUGAGGGGAUCCUGCGGUGCAAAGGGCCCGCUCGCGCCAUGGAUCAAGUGGCUAUCCGUUCACUGCUGGACAGGGUGGAUCAAAACUUAACCAAGCUCACGACCAAGCUCAAAGAAGCGGGGGUCAUCAAGGUGAAACCCAAGAAGCGCAAGGGAGACCCCACCGCUGAGGCUUCGAGCAGUGCACCGCCAAACCUUUACAAGCUUGAGUGA